AUGUAUAGAGAUGCAUGCUUCACCCUUGGCCUCUUGCAAGAUGACAAAGAAUUCAUUGAUGCAAUUAAAAAAGCAAGCUCAUGGGCCUCAGGAUCAUAUGUUAGGAGGUUAUUUGUCAUUCUAUUAAUAUCCAACAAUAUCUCAAGACCAGAACAUGUCUGGGAUAGAUGUUGGUAUGAACUCUCAGAUGAUAUUUUGUAUCGACAGAGAGCUGUGAUGAACAUGAGGGAAUUAACAAUGUCAGAUGAUGAGAUUAAGCAGUUGUGCUUAAUGGAUAUAGACAAGAUCUUACAUUCCUAUGGUAAAAUCUUGAAAGACUAUCCUCCAAUGCCUUUAGCAACUGAAGUUGAUAGUUCUUUGUUAACCGAAAGGGUUAUUAGGGAAGAGCUAAACUUUAACAGGGAUAAUUUAAAGAAAAAUGCCUCAGACAUGUUAGCCAUCACAACAAUUGAGCGGAGAUAUGCAUUCGAUAAAAUUGUUACAGCUGUGUAUUGUGAUGAAGGGGAGUUUUUUCUUUGUAAGAACGGCACACUCAAGGUUCAAAAUACCGCAACUGAGGAUUCUGUAUGUAACAUCAAACCUGGUUCCCCUCAAGCAAUGUUGUUGUUGAAAGCCAAACUUAUAAUUUGGGAUGAGACUCUAAUGGUUAGUAGGUACUGCUAUGAAGUGCCUGAUAAAUGCUUGGGUGAUAUCAUGAGGUGUUCUCCAACAUAUAGCAAAGAUUUGCCCUUUGGAGGAAAAGUGGUUGUACUAGGUGGAGACUUUAGACAAAUUCUUCCUGUCAUUCCACGAGGAUCGAGACAAGAUAUCGUUCAUUCAACCGUGAAUUCGUCUUACCUUUGGAAGUUUUGUCAGGUGCUCAAACUAACAAAAAACAUGAGACUCUCUGUAGAGACGACUGCUUCAGAUCAAGAUGAGAUAGAGCAAUUUGGUGAGUGGUUAUUGAAAGUUGGUGAUGGUCUAAUAGGUGACAAUAUGGAUGGUGAAUAUGAGAUAUGUCUUCCAGGAGAUAUUUUUAUUCCUUCUUCGGACCAGGCAUUUGAUGAGUUGGUUUAUUUUUCUUAUCCAAAUAUUUUGGAAAACAUGUCCUCAAAGGAUUCUUUCAAAGUAAGAACUAUACUGGCUCCCACAAUAGACAUCGUUGAAGAGGUCAACAACCAUCUGAUGGCUAUCAUUCCUGGAGGGGAAAAAUUAUAUCUUAGUUCGGAUUCCAUUUGUAUGGAUGAAGGAAAUAUGGAGUAG